CUCAUUUAUGAAGCAGCGAGAGAAAACGAUUCAAUCUCCAUUGCGUCAGAGAAAACAAGAAAGAAAUAAGUGCGGAUAUGGAUGGAGGAGGAGGAGGAGGGAGGAGUACGCUGUCGGAGAUAUACCAGAACGCGAAGAAGGUGCUGUUGAGGACGAGGGACGCGGUGGAACGCCUGGAGCGUCUCGAGUACUCGAGCGCCGGUAUGGAAUCUCCUCCGGAGCUCUCGUCCUCAAUCGCGAGGGACAUCACCCACAUCCAGUCCCUCUGCGUCGAGAUGGAUCGCCUCUGCCGCUCCCUCCCCGCCAAGUCCCACCGCGAUCUCUGGAAACGAAAAGUUGAACAAGUAGCAGAAGAGGCUGAAUCUUUGAAACAAAGUGUGGAUAAAUAUUCUUUAAGGACUCAGAGGAGGAUGACGGAAGCCAAAGAGAGGCAAGAAUUGCUUGGAAGAGCUAAUGGGGACUCUCAUGUUCUAAAAAUAUUUGACGAGGAAGCGCAAGCAAUGCAGUCAGCUCGUAAUUCUGCCCGGAUGUUGGAAGAAGCUAGUUUAACUGGUGAGGCCAUCCUGUCUGCAAUGUCAGGCUCAAGGGAACGUCUAAAGAAAGCACACCGGAAAGCACUGGAUGUACUUAAUACAGUGGGGCUCUCAAAUUCUGUAUUGAGGCUGAUUGAGAGGAGGCACCGUGUUGAUAAUUGGAUUAAAUAUGCAGGCAUGAUUUUGACUGUCGUCAUUGUGUUCAUCAUUUGGAGGUGGAAAGGAUGAUUUACUCUUGUCUAGCGAUGUGUGUUUUGUGCAUUUCCUCCAGAUGCAUUUUUUGUCAAUGUAAUUUCAUGUUGGAAAGGUAAUGAGGUUACACAAAGGCUAUCUUUGAGCUAUACUUCUAUAAAAUUGGCUGUCUACUAUCUUGGACUUCUCUUCCUGUCAACUGUUGAAAUCUUAAAUGUAGUGCACCUCCAUUUUCUGUGGAUUA